UUAAGCAGCCAGGUGGAUACAAAAGGCAGACACGUGGGCUUUGGGGGUCUCUCCAUUUUGGGGCCCUCGGCCAGCUCGCGGCGUCCGUCUAGCUCUGAGAGUGACUUUGGGGUUUCCAGGUCGUCGGAUCGGCUCAACAUGGAAGCUUUCACAGGCGCUCCUCCUGGAAAUGCAGAAGGUCUUGUGAAGGUGAAGGAGGAAGACCCCGCGUGGGAGCAGGUGCCCAGUUCAUGGGGCAGCAGUGCCCACACUCGCGAGCUUUGCCGCCUGCGCUUCCGGCAUUUCUGCUACCAGGAGGUCACUGGGCCCCGUGAAGCUUUAGCUCAACUCCAAGAACUGUGCUGCCAGUGGCUGCGGCCCGACACCCACACCAAGGAGCAGAUCCUGGAGCUGCUGGUGCUGGAGCAGUUCCUGAGCAUCCUGCCUGGGGAGCUGCAGGCCUGGGUGCCCGAGUACCCUCUGGAGAGUGGGCAGGAGGUAGUGAUGGCACUAGAGACUCUAGAGACAGACAUGGGAGACAAAGCACAGCAGGCCUCUGCCUUUGCUCGGGGACAGGAAUAUCUAGGAGCCUGUUUGGAGCAUCAGCGCAUACAGCUCCUGCCUGGAGUGAGCACCCUGAAGUGUGAACCUCCAGAACUCUCCAGAAGGAGCCCUCAAGAAGUGAGUGGGCCUGUUUCCCCGGGAUCAGCCCCUCGCCAGGAAGAAAGUGCCCGAGACAAGGCAGCAGUACCUGGGUUUAACUCAGCCAGGUGCCAGAUAUCAGUAAAGACUGAGGAGGAAAAUGCCUUUGUCCCAGAGGAGCGGCCACACCUGAGCCUGCCUCAGAGGAACCUCUGUGGGAGCUCAGCCUGGGAGAAGCUUGCAGAACCCAGUCUGAUGUCUGAAGAAGUUGUAACUGAAGGUGGAUUGUUCAAUGCAAAGCAAGAAACUUCUGAAGAAAUGGAGCAAGGUGCUGAGGGCUCAGGAACAUUCACCAGAGAAUGUGUACCCCAAGUUCCUGGCAGCACUCCUGUCCCUCCAGAGAGGACACCUGCACAAGUGAACACUCUGAGGGGUCGUCACCAGGGGGACUUGUGGGCCCGGAUGCAUGUCUCAUCCUUGGAAUACGCUGCAGGAGACAUUACCCGAAAAGAGAGGAGAAAAAGACAAAGCUCGGAGGUGGAGGAAGAGCACUCGCCCGAGAGCCAGCCAGCUCACAAAAAGCGAAAGAUGGCAGCCGCCCUGGAGCAGUGCUGGGUCAAGAGAGACAUCAAGGCCACCCUUCCCGGCUGGUCAGCACUGGACACAGGGCUUUUGAAUCUCAAGAGUGAAAAGCUGAGCCCAGUAGAGCUCUUUGAGUUAUUUUUUGAUGAUGAAACAUUCAACUUGAUUGUCAGUGAAACCAAUAAUUACGCUUUUCAGAAAAAUGUCAACUUGGAAGUCACAGUGCAGGAGAUGAGCUUCUUCACAAGUGUCAAAUUGGUGUCAAUCUUGAAGAAGAAAGGGGUGAAGGCAACAGGAAUAAUUCAAGAGAACAGGACUGAAAAGUGCCCCCUCAUGGAUGCAGAACAAAUGAAAAACAUGGAGAAGGGCUACUUUGAUUUCCAAGUGGAAGAAAACAAUGAGAUAAUCGUGUGUCGAUGGCACGGCGAUGGCGUUGUCAGCCUGUGCUCCAAUGCUGUGGGCAUAGAGCCUGUCAGUGAGGUCAGUGGCGUCACCGAGGACAUAGAGGCCCCUCCGAUAAGUCGGCCAGCCAUAGCAACACUGUAUGGCGAAUGCAGGGAAGGGGUCGCUAAAAUGGAGCAAACUGUCUCCAAAUACAAGGUGAGAAUAAGGAGCAGGAAGUGGUACUCAGUUCUGGUGAACUACAUGAUCGAUGCCGCUGUGAGCAAUGCGUGGCAGCUGCACCGAGCCUGCAGCCCGGCCACCUCUCUGGACCUCCUGGGCUUCCGGAGGUAUGUGGCGCAUUUCUACCUGGGGCACCAGGCCCACCUGUCCGACUAG